AUGUUUUGUGAAGCCGACGUAUGUCCACACACGCAUAAAGUAUCCCGACAGGCGUGUCCUAUGGCCGAGUGCUGCUGUUUUGUAGCUGCGGUUGUGCCCGGCUGUCCGACCUAUCCCGCUGCUGCUCUGCUGCUCCCUGCAGCAAUCCUCCUGCUGCUGAGGCCACUGCUGUCAGCGUGCUCGUCUUUUGCUGUUACGGCUGCUGCCGGGCUCUACUUCAACAGGCGUAUCAAUAGCAGCAGCAGCAGCGGCAGAAGCAGCAUGAUGAGGAGCAGCACUGUCGGCAGAAGCAGAAGCAGCAGCAGAAGCUGGUGUAGCGCCGGCAGCAGAAGCAGGAGUAGCAGCAGCGGCAGCAGCAAUAGCAGGAGAAGCUCUCACAGCAGCAGCAGCAGCAGGAGCAGUAUUACUACGGCGUGCUUUGACGUCAGCGUGCACGAAGCGUCGCACGACCGGUGCAACAACAACAGAACGACUAAGAACGAACGCUGCGGCGUGAGAAUACACCUAGUUGUGCCGGCUGUGACGGCCACCCCUUCGUCAUAUGUAGUGCUCCUGGUCCGGCAGCGGAUCUGA